AUGUCUUCAUCGAUUUCCAAAACUCUACGCAUUUUCAUGAAAAUCCGCCGACAGUACAGAAUCGAUUUCGAGGAUUGGCUCUGCCUUGCCGCUUUCGGACUUUCCUGGGCUUUCUAUGGGUUGAGCAUGGCUCUAGUCAUUAAAGGUGGCCUUGGCAAACCACUCGCCGCAAUCCUCUCCGAGGGUGGUAAAGAUAAAAUACGGUACAACUACAGGAUACAAUAUGCCUGCGAGAUGUUCUACGCAUCUACUAUCACGACCAUCAAGAUCAGCAUCCUUGCCAUGCACUGGAGGCUUUUUCCAACAUACAUUAUGAAGGUUGCGUAUAUCAUCCUCGGCGGUCUAACCAUCAUGUGGUGGCUCGCCGUGAUUCUCGUCACCAGCUUCAAGUGCCAACCGACUGGGAAGACUUUUGACCCGUAUAUUGACGGCGAUUGUAUCAACAAUGGGAGCUUUUUUCCGGCUUCUGGGAUUCCCAACAUUAUCACAGAUGUAGGCAUUCUUGUACUCGCUAUCUACCAAGUGAUUCGUCUUCAUCUUCCACUUAUGAAGCGGGUUGGCCUCUCGGUCGUGUUCAUGGCUGGUUCCUGCGCAAUUGCAGCAUCAUGUGUACGCCUCUACUACUAUUGUCAGGUAGAAAUAGAGGCCUCAAAUGGACACAGUGAAGAAAAGACCACGAACGAACUCAACGCAGUUCUAUGGUCUGUUCUUGAGACUGAUUUAGCUAUCAUAUGUUCCUCCCUGACGGCAUGGGGCCCGCUCGUCUCGCACGUCACUUCGCAAUUAUGGUCCGUUCUAUCAGCCAGCGGCGGCUCCAAGCUUAGCGAUAAGCCGCUGGCAAUUACCCACACUUUUCGGACCUUUGGUGGCACUAUUGUCCAUAGACUGCCAGUCGCUAGCGUUAGAAAACAGAGCGGUAAUCUAGUGGGACAGGGCAAUAAAACCAGCCACGGGCAGUGCCAUUGGUUCGACCGCCUUUCCGACGAUGAGCUCCUUACGCUUGAAGGUUCCGCGGCGGUUCAAAGAGAUGUGAAAUGA